GAACAUCCGGUGCUAUUGUUUCAAAAUGGCUGGUUAUCAAUUUAGAUUUGGAUAUAUCGUAUAGAUUUAGACUAGUGACUAGAUGUAGGACUUUUCAUUGGCUGUUGAUUUAUGUCCAUUUUGUUCUUUUUUUUUUUUUUUUGAGUUGCUUUUGCAUUUAAAGGCUUAAAUCGUCUACCAAAAUGUCUGACGCUUGGAACGAUAUUCAGGCCAUAAAAAAUCGCCAAAGCGAUCUGCGGGCCAAAAUGUUGGAAAGAAGGAAGCUUCGUGAGGGCUUGGCAGCAGAACUUACAAGCAGCGGAGGAGCACCUACUAUUGCACCAUUACAUGUUGCUAGUGGUUCUAGUGGUAAAGGGGAUAUGACAGUUACUAAAGCUCUGAUAACAACUACUUCAACAAUCAGCACUAUAAAACCUUUGCCAAGGGAGAACAUUCAAGUCACACUGGAUCCUGAAGUGGAAAAAAAGCUUUUGAUGGUUCUUUGUGAUAUAAGUCUUGAUAUUCCAUCCGAUUCAAAGGUGAUUGCUGAGCAUACAUCAAGGUUGAUGGAAAGAGAAGUGGACUUGGGGAUGAUUGAGGAACUUUUAAAGAAGUUUGCAUUACAAAAACUCAUUACCAUAAAAUUCACAGAAACUUCGACAGGCUUAAUUGUAAAUUCAUUGGAUCUAAGCAAGCUUUCAGACAUUAUAAAGGGACAGACCAAAAAAAAAAGAAAGUGCAGUGAUGAUGAGGAUGAUGCAGAAGUCAUCUCUAAACAAUCUAGAACAACUGCUCCUGAAUCUGGAGAUAUUGAGAGCUUAUUGUCAAUGCAGUCAACAAAAGAGAGAGAGGAGAAAAAGUUGAAUGAAGAAAUACAGGCAUUGCUUGUUACACAAACAGCUAAGGAACAAUAUUUAGUAGAAAAAUUCAAAUCAAGAGGAGGCCCACAGCUUCAAGAAUUUUGUCAAUGUGGGACAAGAGAAGAAUGCCUUAGGUCUAACCCUGAAGGGGCGAAUUGUAAACGACUUCAUUUUAAAAAAAUAAUCAAAAAGCACACUGAUGAAUCACUAGGAGACUGUUCAUUUUUGAAUACAUGUUUUCAUAUGGACAUGUGUAAGUAUGUGCAUUAUGAAAUAGACUACCCACCUAAAACUCUCCCAUCAACAGACUUUAUGAAGAAAGAAUUAUCAUUGGGUAAAUUGUCAUCAGAAAUUAGCGACGAUGGAAGUGUUCAAAUGUUUCCACCUCAGUGGAUUCAGUGCGAUCUACGCUACUUCGACAUGUCCACCCUGGGCAAGUGUGCAGUCGUAAUGGCUGAUCCUCCCUGGGAUAUACACAUGGAGCUACCCUAUGGCACAAUGGGUGACAAUGAAAUGAGACAGCUGGACAUUCCAGGACUCCAGGAUGAUGGUUUUAUUUUUCUUUGGGUCACUGGCAGAGCCAUGGAGCUUGGCAGAGAAUGCUUAGAGCUUUGGGGGUACAAGCGUGUGGAUGAAAUAAUAUGGGUCAAAACUAAUCAAUUACAAAGGAUAAUCAGAACUGGCAGAACCGGGCACUGGUUGAAUCAUGGAAAAGAACAUUGUUUAGUUGGUGUAAAAGGUAAUCCUAAGGGAGUGAACAAAGGCAUGGACUGUGAUGUUAUUGUUGCAGAAGUGCGUGCCACCAGCCAUAAGCCAGAUGAAAUAUAUGGUAUUAUUGAGCGACUUUCCCCAGGCACAAGAAAAGUAGAGCUUUUUGGAAGACCACAUAAUGUUCAGCCAAACUGGAUCACCUUGGGCAAUCAACUUGAAGGAGUCAGAUUAAAAGAUCCUGACAUUGUGAAAUUAUUCCGAGAGAAGUAUCCUGAUGGAAAUUGUAUGGGCCCCCCAAAGAAGUGAUGUAACAGUCCAGGACCCAAAACUGACUUGUUGGGUCACAUGAUCAUCACCAUGCCACUACAAACAAAUGAACUACAAAACUAAUUCUACAGAUUGUUCAGUGAACACAAGUAUUGUCCAUGUGACUUCACAGCAAACUGAUUGGAAGGGUCUUGGGAUCCUUUUUUUUUUACAUUUACUGCCUUUAUUUGGUUUAAUUUUUUGGAAUAUUAUUGUACAUUGAUGUCAACAUUUUUGUCAGUUUCUUUUGUUGAUACAAAAUAAAUAAAUAGGAAAAAAAAAGAA